GGUUACGAGAAGGAUGAAGCCGAAUGCCUUGAUAUGGUUGUCAAGAACCUGGGAGAGUCCAUCGAGGUCAUUCGACAGUACUCUGAUCUUGUACCCGGCUUCGCUUCGAUAGCAGAGGCUGACAGGGAGAAAAUAAUCCUUCUUCAAGCUGUCGACUUGAUCACCUUCCGUAUGGCCUUCCGGGCUGCGAAACAUGCAACCGAACGUGCCCAUGUGAGUUUCUUCCAGGGUCAAGCUUCCCAGUAUCUG